AGAGCGAUAGCGAAGAAAUUUGUAAUUGAACAGUGAAUCAAAGACGAAUCUCUUCUCGCACGCAAACACAAACAAAAGAAAGCGAGAGAAAUUCUCUCGGCCUUCGAUCCAAAUUCGCCGAGAAACCUACACAACCGAACCAAAUCAACCACAAUCAUUCAAUCAUAGACGCUCUCCUUCUCUUUUCCCCCAUUCCUUUCGAAUCAAUUCCCCUUUUCUUUCCAUUUCUUCUCCGAUUUCAUUUUCUUAUAGUUUUCGAGCGCCCCUUUUGUUUGCUUUUGUUUGUUUCCUUCGCCCCUUUGCCUUCCUUUCUCUUCUUCUACACCUUCCCUUUACUUGUUCAUCCAAUUGGGGUCUUUUUCUGCUGACCCAGAUGUUCUUCUGAGCUUUUGGUUCUUGGGAUUUGGCGUCGGAGUUGCUUGGUGGAUUCUCCGAAUCGCUCCGGCGUUUUAAAUAAUAUUUGUUGGAUUCAUUUGUAUAUGAAAUGAGUUGGAACAACACGCAUACAGAAGAAGUUCAUCAUGUUAAUACCAGUCAUCCUUAUAACAGUGCUGGAAGUUUUCUGGAAUAUUUUGAAGGUCUUACCUACGAACACGUAAAUUUCAUUUUUUCGGAUGCUUCGCAUUCUCAGGAGAAUGUUUACCCUCCGCUGAACUCGAACUUCUAUAAGUUCGGGUUUUCAGAUUUUGGUAGUCCAACCUAUUACAACCAACCUCAAGCUUAUAGAAUGCAUGAUCACGAACCCGUAAUUUAUGAACAUAGAAGGCUAGAAAACUUUUCUACUCAGCCUAAUGUACAGAGUACAGUAAAUCCUGAAUUUGAAGAAAUUUCAAAUACUACAGCCUUUGACAACCAUGUAGAAUGUCCAAGGAGACAUCGUAAUUCACAUGAUUUUCAGGUUGUUUGGCAAGACAAUGUAGAUCCUGAUAAUAUGACUUACGAGGAAUUACUAGAGUUGGGCGAGACAGUAGGAACUCAAAGUCGAGGUCUUUCGCAAGAGUUGAUCGCUUUGAUUCCAAUAUCAAAAUACAAAUAUAGUUUCUUCUCGAGGAAAAAAUUUCGUGGAGAGAGAUGUGUGAUAUGCCAGAUGGAUUAUAAACGAGGCGAUCGACGGAUCACUCUGCCGUGCAAACAUAUCUACCAUGCCGGUUGUGGAACCAAAUGGCUUAGCAUCAACAAGGCUUGCCCCAUAUGCUACAAAGAGGUGUUUGGCGAUACAUCAAAACGCUAAGCCUUUCCGUUCAUUGUUUAGAUGACAGAAGAACAGAACCUUGUUAUUACAAUUUUUGUGAAAAUAUGGAGUGCCAAAGUGAAUAAAGAUUAGUUCCUUGUGUUAGCUUUAUCAGUGUUUGGAUUGGGUUUGAUAUCUCUUGAGUCUUGGUCUUGGGGCGAGCGCCCGAGCGCUCUCGAGUAUAGGGAGCAAAGCUUCGAAUCAAUGAGAUAUUUUCUAUCGUUUUUGUAACUUUGUAGUUACGAUUGAUGUUUCUUUUAUUGUUAUAGUUUUAUAU